AUGAAUUUGGUGACCGGUUUACCGAGAACUAGGUCAGGAUUUGAUGCAGUUUGGGUGAUCGUGGAUCGCUUAACCAAGUCUGCUCAUUUUCUACCUAUCCGAGUGAACUACUCUUUGGAGGAAUCGACGAGGUUGUACAUCAAGGAGAUUGUAAGGUUGCAUGGUGUGCCUAAGACAAUAGUGUCAGACCGUGAUUCCCUAUUCACAUCAAGGUUUUGGGGAGCUUUUCAAAAGUGUUUUUGGUACGAGACUAUGUCUCAUCACAACAUAUCAUGCGCAAACGGAUGGACAGUUGGAACGAACUAUUCAGACGUUGGAGGAUAUGCUAAGGGCAUGUAUUUUGGAUCAACUGGGAAGUUGGGACCGUUACAUGCCAUUGGUGGAGUUUACAGAAAACAACGGCUUUCAUGCGAGCAUCGGAAUGGCUCUGUAUGA